GGGAGGUAGAAGGCUGGCCCUCAGGAGGAAGGCCGGUUCUUUGACCAGGUUCUCUGUGGGGAAGUCAGGCCUAGAGAGCAAAGCCCAGAGCUUGAGCACAUAGUGAGCAAAGGAAGGGGCCGAGGUCUUCCACCCGGCUCUGGGUGUGGUAGGUGAGGUCCAAGCUUGUGGCUCCAGGUAUUCCAGCUGUUUCUGCUGAGGGUUUGGAUACAGAGCCUCCCUCCCUUAAUUCUUAGUCUGGUCAACCAAAGCUCACAAUCCCGCACAGCUUUCUUGGAUGGGACACUACUAUAGAAUAUAAAACUUUCUUUAGUAAGGCUUGUGCUCCUUGUGAGGUAUCCUGAAACUUCUCUUUCCUCAAAGUCUGGUCAAUGAACAAGUUAUUUAAAUACCAAACAGUUUCUCUGGUGUGAGAAACAAAGUGUAAAUAAGGACUAAAAGCCAAAGAAAAAAGAAAAAUUACUGAAGCCUCAAGUGAUGAUCUACAGCCAGGGAGUGACCUGGUUUAUGAUAAUAGCUUUGCGCAGAAACCUGACAGUGGAUUUAUUCAUGUAGCAGAAAAUUCCUUGAAGGUAAAGAAAGGAAACAGGAGAUCUGCAGAGAAGAGUGACAAAAACAGUAUUCCUAAGCUCUUAAAAACAGAAGAAAAUUUAAUGGGAAUAAAUAAAUUACUGCUUGAAAAAAGUGAUGUAUACCAAAGUAAAAGGAAUGGCUCUCUAAGCGAAAACAAUAAAUAUUCAGUGGAGGAGGGCAAUGUUGGGAGAAAGCCCAGAAAAAAGAUGAAGUUGUCUGAAAAGAAAGAAACAGUUAUCGAGACAAAUUUCUCUACCAGGUGGAAUGAGUCUGAGUUGGUAUUGAAAGAAAACCAAAUAGGUAUGGAGGGGAAAGAAGCAGAGACUUCAGAGGCUAAAAAAAAUCCUUUAAAAGUUUUGAGAAAGGAAAAACACAAUACAUUCUCUCCAAUGGAUCAUUUAUCGAGUCUCCCAGAAACAGAAGAAAAACCAAGUGCCAGAUGUCAUGUAAAUGGUAUGUUUCCAAAAACCUUUGAACCGCUCUUGAAAGAAACAAAGAAUGCUUCAGAGUCCUUAACAUGUAAAAGUACUACAGAGCCAGAAAAGUAUUUUAAAACAGUGACAAGCUCUAUUAUAGUGGAAUCACCUAGUGAUAGCCAUCAUCUUGAAAAGAGAUCUUCACAGGAAGAUUUGAGAAAAGCUGAAGAAUUAAAGCUAAACUGUCGCAGAACAAUACCAGUGACUGGCAAAAGAAUUUGGCCUGUAUAUUCAUGUGCUAGAAUAUCUGCCUAUUGUUGGAAAAAGGCUACUGUGCCAAACUCAAAUUACUCACUUCCUGGAUCUCCGGAAAAUUUUAGGCAAGAUGAUUUUCUUAAACAUCAAACAAACCAGACUCACUUAUCUGACUUCAAAUUGUUACAAAGUUCCUUAACAGAAAAAAACAUUGAAUGCUCAAAUAAAGAAAAAUUGGAUUCUAAUUUAGAUCAUUUGUCUUCAUUUUCUGCAGUAGAACCUAUAAUGAUGGCUAUAAAGGAACCUAUAAUCGAUGAUAACAAGAUAAAGUCAGAGGAACUUAGCAGAAGCGGGUCAAAGGUAGUCUCUAAUAGUAUUGAAGAUACUCAGGUAUCUAAUGUGACUCAAAGUUUACCAGGAAGUAAAAGAAGAGAGAGAGGAAAUUUAACAAAACCUAAUUUGACAGUGGCUUCCCAGGAUGACCAAGAAGCAAAUACCUCUACAAACAAAACUAUUGAUCGAAAAGCCUUCAUUGCUAAGCAAACACUUGUAGUUCCAGACUUGGUUAAAAUAUUGAACACAGGACGGUUGACUAAUUUUAAAAUUCCUUUACUUAAAGAUAAGAUAGAAAAAAACCUAAAUGCCAAGUCAUCAGAGAGAGAAGCUUACAGUCCACUAGAACUCCUUGACAGUUUAUCUGAAGCAGAGGUAAGACAGAAUAGGAACAAAGAAUAUGCUUCUGCAGCAACUUCAAGACUUCAGUCUUUCAGCAUACAAAAUAGUGUAACUACAGGGCAAGCUCAUUCUAACUCACUCUUCAAUAAAAAUCCCUGUAGUAUUUCUCCAAAUUUUACAAAGCAAGGUGAUGACAAACCAUUUGAUCACAUCUCUGAACCAAAUAUUGUUUCUAAUAAAGAACCUGUUUCUCUCACAGUUGGAAAUAAUGCUUUGUCUUAUAAUCCUGGUUGUAUAGAGAAAAGACCCUUCUGCUCUAAAGAACAAACAUUUGAGCCAAUUUUCUCUGAAGGGAGUGAUACAAAAAUGACUAAGAGUAUUUCUGAAAUCAAAGUGGAGUUUCCAGAUAUUCUUAAAGCAUAUGAAGAUGAUGUCCUUUUAAUUGAUGUAAUCCAAGAUGACCCUGACCUCUUUGGAGUCUCCAGUGAAGGCGAGAUCUCAUUUGUUUCAGAGGUCCCCGAAAGAGCCCAGGAGCCCAGUGUUACUGCAGAGCGGCAGUCAACUGACCCCAAACACGUGGGAGCUCCAGAAAAAGAACCAAGUGAUUUAAGAGAAUGUCCUGUACUGGAGCCCAGAUUGAUGCAGUCAGAGGUCUGCACCUCCUUGCCAGCAGCAAAUGAGGUAAAACAUGAUUCCAAAGGUACAAACAUUUCCUUAGAAGUUACUAAUGAGACCUCUGAAAAUGAAAAACUUGGAAACCUCAGUGAACAAGUGACAGAUUCAGGCUCUGAUGAAAAGUGUAGAAUUUCAAACAAGAUGACUGUUAAAGAAGACAAAGAAAAUAUUUAUGAAGUUUGCAAAAGCAAAGAUUCUAGCAACGCAGAGACUCUGGCUGGUGAAUGUCAGUUAGCAGCACUGAGCCCCAGACCCCUGUGCUUAUCACCUCCCCCUUUGAACCUAAGUGGUCAUCAGGAAGACACAGUACCAAGGCCCUGGAUGAAUGAUGUCAGAUUUCCCGGAAAACCUUCUGUCCUAAAGCUGCAGAAUCCUGAAACUUGUGAAAUAUUUAAAAAGGAAAAAAAUAUAGGGAUGUUCCAGAAGCCGCUGGGGCUGAUGAUCCCGCACAGAUACUGCAAGUUUCAUUUUAACACCUUCCGAGGCUGUGAGCGAUCACCAUGCAAGUUUGCUCACGUGCCUGAGCAAGGGGAUGAGAAGGUUUGCAUGGAUGUAUUUAAGAAAUAUAUAAGUAUCAAUGAACUGUGUUUGCUACAGCGUGCAGUAAACAUAUUUAUGGAGUACUAUAGAAAGUUUCCUCCCGGGAUACAUUUUGAUUUACAAGUACUCAAUGAGCUCCUGCUUUCUCUACUGAAGUACUGUUUAUUGAAAGAAGUAUUUCAGGUAGUGAACCUCACCAUAAUGAUUAAAAUGCUGCCUGCUCUAAAAAUAUUACUGAAAAUAUUUGAGCACGUGGCAACUAUGAAAUUAAGGAAUGCUGUGCCUCCUUUAAUUGAUAUCUUUUGUAAGCUUGUUGAAGCCGGGAUGAUGCUUGACCCAGAACACUUUAACUAUAUUGUUAAGCUUUUAUGCCAACUGCAGGCUUCCAAACAAGAAAUAGCUGCAAUUUUGGAAAUCAAAACCAGGUUACAGGUGGGGCAGUUCACAAAGAACUGGAAGCAUGAUUUAGAUUCAGCCUUGAAUGAAGUAGAGAAUUGUAAAGAAAAAGGUGACUGGACCAAAUUGGGAAAUUUAUACAUUAAUGUUAAAAUGGCCUGUGAAAAGUUUGCAGAUUUCCAAAUAUUUUGCGCUUGUAUUGCUGAAACACUCACAAAAGACUAUAAAGAAGAAAACCCAGCUGUUCCUUUCUGUGAAUUUGCUGAGACAGUUAACGAAGAUCCACAGAAUAGUGAAGUAGAUAAAACUUUGCUGGGAAGAAUCGGAAUCAGUGCUAUAUACUUCUAUCACAAGCUGUUGCAGUGGUCCAAGGGAAGGAAGGUCUUGGAUAAGCUGUAUGAGUUAAAAAUACAUUUUACAAGUUUAAAAGGACUCACAGGGCCUGCAAAAUUAGCACCAAGAUGUCAAAUUGUGAACGUCGCAGCAGAAAUUUUUCUAAAAAGUGGAAGCCUAGAUGGUGCCAUUUGGGUAUUGAGGGAAUCAGAAUGGAUAAUCAGUACGCCACUUUGGCCUUGUGAUAGACUGGAUGUGCUUAAUCGACAUAAUUUGCUCUGUACAAUUGCACAUGAAAUCUUACCCAAGAGCCUUUACAGACAGACAUUUGAAGUUUUACAGAACCUACCAGGUUUUCAAAAUUCUCAAGAAACUGUGGAGGUCUCACAGCAUAGCUUGCUUUUUAAUAAGCUCUUAGAUGCCUGCAUAGAAAGCAACAGUCUUGGCAUGUCAUCCUCGGUGGCUGAAUUCAUGGUUUCCAGGAAGAUCCCUAUUGAUUUUUCCUUUCUGAGAAGAUUAAUAACUUCUUUAGGAAGGAGUUGCUUAUGGCUCAAAGCCAGAACCCACUACAAAAGUGCUCUUUCUCUGGGUUGCUACCCACCAUUGGAGGGAAACUUAUACCGAAAACUUCUACUUGUUCCUUGUUAUUUAUCUGAGAUUGAAAUGCUUUUAGCUAUUGAAAUCUUCUUGGUAUCUAAUGCUAGUAGUAUUCAGAGUCCGGGAAAUUCUACACAGGUGCUUCAGAUAGUUCUGAAAAGAUGUGAAGAAAACAAAUCUCGGAGCGAGGAUGAUUAUCAAGCUGCAGUCGAAAGGUUGAUUUUGGCUGCUCGCAUAUCGGACCCAAAGCUGUUCAUUAAGCACGUGACUGUCAACGUUAAUAAGGAGCAGGUUUACAGCUUGGAACACUGUUCUGCCCUGAAGUGGCUGAAAGAGAAUAUGAAGUGGGCCGGAAAGGUUUGGCUUUUCAGUAACCAUUAGUUAAUAAAGGCUUUUUUUUAAGUUCAAAUAAUCAUUGUUGACAGUAAAAGACAAUA